UUUGACCAACAGAGGAUGGCUGGUUUUCAGUUUACACCUUAAUUAAACUAUUUCUUUGCCAUUACAGGAAGAAACCAUGGAGGGGUACUUGUUUUGGAUACUGAUACUGCAGAUUUUCUUCAUUGCUUAUCGAGGCCGAGUUGGUUAUUCUCAUGGAGUUCAAAAGGAUCUCCAGUACAAUCCCAAGAACCAGCCCCAUAGGACAGCCUACCACUUCCAACCUCCUAAAAACUGGAUGAAUGAUCCAAAUGGUCCGAUGUACUACAAGGGAAUUUACCAUCUUUUCUACCAGUAUAAUCCUUAUUCUGCAGUAUGGGGUAAUAUAUCCUGGGGACAUUCUAUAUCUUAUAAUCUGGUAGAUUGGAUUCAUAUAGAGCAAGCUAUUAAUCCAACUGAGCCUUAUGACAUCAAUGGUUGCUGGUCUGGUUCUGCAUCAAUUCUUCCUGGGGGAAAUCCUGUAAUUCUUUACACUGGAUCAGACUUUAGAAACCGUCAAGUUCAGAACAUAGCAGUGCCCAAAAAUCUAUCUGACCCUUACCUUAGAGAAUGGAUAAAAUCCGAUCACAAUCCUUUGAUGACUCCAAUGAAUGGCAUUGAUCCACAAUUCUUCAGAGACCCUACAACUGCCUGGGAAGGCCCAGACAAAAUUUGGCGAGUUGUCGUUGGGAGCCAAAUUAAAGGUCACGGGACAGCUCUUUUGUAUCAGAGCAGAGAUUUUGUGAAUUGGACUAGGAGUCAUAGACCCCUUCAUUUCUCAAAUAAAACAGCAAUGUGGGAGUGUCCUGAUUUCUACCCUGUUAGUGUUGAUGGCAUAAAUGGACUUGACACAUCCGUGCAGGGUACAGGUACCAAGCAUGUGCUCAAGGCAAGUUUUAAUGAUCGUGACUACUACAUAAUAGGAACCUAUGAACCAGAAACAGACACAUUUACUGUUAAUCCUGAUUUCAUGGAUAGCAAUGUCAAACUGAGAUACGAUUAUGGAAUAUUUUAUGCUUCUAAAACUUUUUAUGAUAGCGCGAAGAGGAGGAGAAUACUGUGGGGAUGGGUAUUGGAGGCGGAUGGUGAACCAGAUGACAUCAACAAAGGAUGGUCUGGACUUCAAUCGCUCCCCAGAAGUAUCUUUCUAGACAAAACUGGAAAGCAAUUAUCGCAAUGGCCUAUUGAAGAGAUAGAGACAUUGCGCAGAAAAGAAGUAAAUCUUCAGAAUAAAGAGAUAAAGGGAGGUACUAUGUUUGAAAUUACAGGUAUCACAGCUUCACAGGCUGACAUAGAAGUCUCAUUUCACUUGCCAAAUCUUGAUGAAGUUGAAUUGAUGCAUCCCGAAUGGCUGGACCCUCAAUUCCUUUGCAGUGAAAAGAAUGCAGCAACAGGAGGAGUAAUUGGGCCAUUUGGUAUUUUGGCCUUGGCUUCAAAAGACUUGACUGAACAUACUGCUGUCUUCUUUCGAGUAUUCAGAGGCCAUGAUAAUUAUGUCGUGCUUAUGUGCAGUGAUCAAAACAGGUCAUCUUUGAGAGAGGAGGUUAAGAAAUCCACUUUCGGGGCUUUUGUUGACGUCGAUCCUGUAGAGAUGAUUUCGUUGAGAAGCUUGAUCGACCACUCAAUCAUCGAAAGUUUUGGAGGUGAAGGAAAGACCUGCAUCACUGCUAGAGUCUACCCAAAGUUGGCUAUUGGCAAUGAAUCACAUGUUUAUGUAUUCAACAAUGGGACAGAAAGUAUUAGAAUCUCCAAUUUAAGUGCUUGGAGUAUGAAAAGAGCUCAAAUUUUUGCAUUGCAUAAAAGAAGAAAGCCUGAAAUUGAUUAAGAAAUAUGUUUCGUUGGAAAUACACUUGAUUGAUUUGUUACUAUCCAAUUCAAGCUUCUUCGAUCUUCCGUUGUUUUCUGCUCCUUACAUAUUUUUUUAUUAAUCUGCAACUGAAAUAUUCGUACAUAGUACUGUUUAAGUCCAGGCAAAAAUGGGGAAAAAUGUUGCUGUUCUUGGAAGUUUACAGUAAUGUUUCUCCCUCGUUUUUGCAGAUUGACCAUUCAAUCAUUGAAAGUUUUGGAGGUGAAGGAAAGAUCUGCAUCACUGCCAUAGUCUACCCAAAGUUGGCUAUUGGCAAUGAAUCACAUGUUUACGUAUUUGACAAUAGGACAGUAAGUAUUAGAAUCUCCAGCACAGUGCUCGGAGUAUGAAGAGAGCUCAAAUCUACCCAAAGCCGGCUUUGCCUUGAUAAAAGAAUGUUACACAAUGGUGUCAGAUUUCGGUUACUAUUUAAUGAUUACCAUACAUAUGCACGUAUGUAGCUGUGGUAAAUGUGGAAGUACAACAUAUAACCAAAAUAGAGCCUAAACGAGCCGAGUGGAGAUUGCACAACUCGAGCUCUAGGCCUCUUUGAAUUAC